AUGCUGAUACCGCAGCUCAAAGAGGCGAAGAACGUAUUUACCCUUUACCACCUUUUGAAUACUGUUCUUUCCGUUACCUUUCUUUCGACUAAAGGUAUUCCGGAAAUUUGCCAAUGGUUUUUUGUCUCUGAAGAUGGAGAGUGUGCCCUCGACUCGAGGGAACGAGAAAUUCUCAUCUUUCUGGCAGUGAUUAUCGCUUGGAAAGGAAGGAAAGCGACGAACUACCUGCAUUAUAUUAACAAUAUCUUUCUCUUCUCUAAAAUCGCCAACAUAGCCUUAUUCCUUCGUGCGGAUGCUUUUAUUGGAGUUAUAUAUCUUCUAAUUGUUGUCGUGGUUACUGUGUUAGUACCGGAGCCGAUUUAUAGCGGUCCAGAGAAAAUCACGUAUUUUCAAGGAGUAGAACUUUUUGAUGAGUUGAACAAAGAUCGUAAAUCAAUAUUCAUUAUUCAAUUUUACACUACUUGGAGUCCUGAGUGCAAACAUGCAACACCUGUGUUCGCACAACUAAGUGAAAGGUAA